AACGUCAUUUCCUGCUUAGAGCGAGGCCGUGUUAGUUCUUUGUGGCGUUGGUGUAGACCGAGUAGCAAACAUGAGCGACAGCGGGGAACAGAAUUAUGGUGGUCGGGAGUCACGAUCAGCUUCAAGGAGUGGAAGUGCACAUCGAUCUGGAAAAUCUGCUAGCCAUUCUCCUAAUCGUUCUGCUGCAAGAUCUCGUUCAAAAGAGGGUUCAAGACGUUCAAGAUCUAAGUCUAGAUCAAGAUCUGAAUCAAGAUCUAGGUCACGCAGAAGUUCUCGACGACACUACACAAGGUCCCGUACACGUUCUCGAUCUCAUAGAAGGUCCAGAAGCAGGUCACACAGUAGAGAAUAUUCUCGAAGGCGCCACAGUCACAGCCACUCGCCUAUGUCUGGCCGUAGACGUCAUAUUGGCAACCGGGCAAACCCUGAUCCCAACUGCUGCUUGGGUGUGUUUGGAUUAAGUCUUUAUACUACUGAACGUGAUUUAAGAGAAGUAUUUUCAAAAUAUGGUCCCAUCGCUGAUGUUUCCAUAGUAUAUGACCAGCAGUCUCGACGUUCAAGAGGAUUUUCCUUUGUUUACUUUGAAAAUGUUGAUGAUGCUAAAGAGGCUAAAGAGCGUGCAAAUGGAAUGGAACUUGAUGGAAGAAGAAUAAGAGUUGAUUUUUCGAUAACUAAAAGGCCUCAUACACCAACUCCAGGGAUAUAUAUGGGAAGGCCAACCUAUAGUGGCAGUUCUCGCCGCAGAGAUUAUUACGACAGAGGAUAUGAUAGGGGUGGAUAUGAUGAUCGUGAUUCUUAUAGCAGAUCCUCCUACCGAGGUGGUGGAGGAUGGCGUGGAGGACAAGACAGGGAACAAUUUUCUAGGAGGCGCUCACCCUCACCAUAUUAUAGCCGAGGUGGAUACAGAUCUCGCUCCAGGUCUCGAUCAUACUCUCCUCGUCGCUAUUGAAACAAACCUGGGAAGCAGCAUUAGUCAUGCAUUGGGUCGGGUUUUGAACUGAAAAUAUUUGUUGUUUUUGUAUAAGUGAUGUGGAGGACUUCAACAUCAAACGAAUGUUUUGGUAGUUUGUGGGAAAGAAUCUGUCUUCAGCUUAUUUGUAGGCUCUGUGCUUUUUGUGAUUCAGUGUCUGCAGAUGUUUUGCUUGUGUUUUAUACAGUCAGGUUUGUGACUGGUAAAGUUAUAAAGCUCAACUUUUUUAUUGGUUUGUGUAUGUAAACUUAUUGAUCCCGCCCUUCACUGUAAAAUCUUUGAAUCAAUAAGCAAAAAUAAAGCAAACUUUGAUUUUUUUUUUUUCUAUAUUUGGUUAUAUAUAUAAAUAUAUACAUAUAGCCAUAUGCCUACAAUAGGAAAUCUAAUAAAGGUUUUAUAUUAAUCCUU